AGAGGAUCGGUGAUUCAAUCAGUAUGUGAAUGAGCAAGAAAUUCGGAGCGAAGCAGCCAACAGGGACUCCAUCGCCGGCAUGGUCUUGUGUCGUUGUCGUUGCCUCUCUUCUUGCUGGUGCCUCCGUCGUCCACAAUAUUUACAAGCCUAACGUUACGUUGCUUCCCGUGGAAACCCUUGAUGCGGCUAAGAGCAAGCAACCUGAGAAGGAACAGUGAUCUUCAACAUCCGAUUCUGCUGUUUUGAUUUGGUAGGGGCCUCCCACCUAUAAUUCGGUGAUUCCAAUGUACACGUGUGAAGAUCAAGAAGGAACAGAAACCCUAGCCCACAAUUGGAAAUUCACGUGGUUCGGGAAUGUGGGAGCAGUUAAGAAUUGUAUGUAGCUCAUCAGUAUGCAUUGUUAGCUGUCCUACCCCAACCACAAGCCUUUAUGAUACGAAAAUGUUAAUCUUCCAUUAAAAUUAUCUCUACCAACUGUUUUUUUCCCCUUCUUAAAAAGCCUUCAUUGUCCAUGCCAUUUUGAGAUCUCACUCGAGUGCCCCUCUUUUGGAGUUGAUUCUUAGAUUCCGCUCUCUAGGGAGGUCAUUUGAGGAGUUGGGUCUCUCUCUCUCCCUGCAAAAUGAAAGUCACUGUUGUUUCGCGCAGCGGUAGAGAAGUUAUCAAAGGAGGACUCGAGCUCAGUGACUCGGCAACGGUGGCAGAUCUGCAAGAAGCAAUUCAUCGGCGAACUAAAAAGUUCUACCCUUCAAGGCAGCGGCUGACCCUCCCCCAGAAACCUGGAUCGAAAGAGAGACCUGUUGUAUUUAACUAUAAGAAGAGUCUCAAUGAAUACUGUGAUGGAAAUUCAGAGAGCUUAACUGUAGUGUUCAAGGACCUGGGUCCACAAGUUUCCUACCGUACACUUUUCUUCUGGGAGUAUGUUGGUCCUUUUGUUCUCUAUCCCAUCUUUUACUACUUCCCUGUGUACCAAUUAUUUGGCUAUGAGGGAGAGCGUGUUAUCCGCCCGGUACAGACAUAUGCCGUAUACUACUGGUGUUUCCACUAUUUCAAACGUAUUAUGGAAACAUUUUUUGUGCAUCGUUUCAGUCAUGCAACCUCGCCACUCUCAAAUGUGUUCCGAAAUUGUGCUUAUUACUGGUCUUUUGGUGCUUAUAUUGCAUAUUAUGUGAACCACCCACUUUACUCUCCUGUUGGUGACCUCCAAACGAAGAUCGGCUUUGGGAUUGGGUUGGUUUGUCAACUUGCAAAUUUCUAUUGCCACAUUUUGCUGAAGAAUCUUCGUAGCCCUGAUGGGAAUGGGGGAUAUCAGAUCCCACGAGGAUUUCUGUUCAACAUUGUGACUUGUGCCAAUUACACUACAGAAAUUUACCAGUGGCUGGGAUUCAAUAUUGCAACACAAACUGUCGCUGGUUAUAUCUUUAUGAUGGUUGCUACUCUUAUCAUGACCAAUUGGGCCCUUGCAAAGCACCGUCGGUUGAAGAAGCUAUUUGACGGGAAGGAGGGAAGGCCUAAGUAUCCACGACGAUGGGUGAUAUUACCUCCAUUUCUGUAGAAACUACUUCCAAUGCCGACUCAUUCGGUCUCUUCAUAAUCGUGCCUGGUUUGUAUUCAACUGCAUCGGUACAGACCUGUAUCAAGUUUCAUUCUGCUCAGAUACAAAAAGUCUUGGAUCCAUUUUGAAGCAAAAUUUCUUCAAUUUGUUGGGAUACUGAUCCCUCCUUUUCAUAUUACAUUUACCCCCCCUCCUCUCUCUCUGAAGCAUGUGAUGCUAUGUGCUUAGCCAUUGUGAUUUAUCUUUAUAGUACAAUGUUCUUGAUCUCUAAUUAAUAGACUCAUUUGGGAGUGGUGAAUAAUUGCUCCUCUUGCCUAGUUUUCCAAUCGCAAAGACAAUUACUAUGUCUUGUUCUUCAUGGAUGAAAUGGAGAUUUGAGAAUUCAGUAA